UGGCGGGCUUGCCUUUCGGCUAUAUCGCUCAUAAGUUCGCAUUUAGAUUGGUAUCGUUGAAUAUUCAUUGAUUGGAAUCGCGAAAAGACGCCAUGAUCGAGAUGCUCUUAGCAUUGCUAGUGCUGACUUGACCCCAUUUAAGCAGAAAUAGAUCCCGUGGCCGGUCAAGAGUCACUCGAAGCUGCCGAGAAAGUUUUCUUAAUAGGCUGAGAUCUGAUGUAGCCAACAGUUCGAUUCCAUCAACGCAGACGACAACAUCGUCUUAAGGAACAUAAAUAAUGGCAAGGUUUUCUGGAGUUUUAGUGCUCCUGGCAAUCGUCCUGCUGGUCCUGUUUGUGGCCAGCAGCGAGGCUGAGAGGAAUAAUCAGAACAAGCAGAAGCAGCAGAGACCGCGGCCAGGAGCCCAGGGCAUUGGCAACCAAAAGAAUAAGCGCAACAAGCCAAUGCAGGGCCAGAAACAAAAGCCCAACAAACAAAAACAGCAACAAGCCGUCCAAGAACCCAAAGUCUUUACCACAUCGGUUCCAGAUUUGGGAAAGUUGAGAGGCCGUACCCUCAUAACCGAUUGGUCGGGCAAGAAGAUAAAGCAGUUCCUCGACAUCCCCUAUGGAAAGGCAGAGCGAUUCAAGAAAGCUGAGCCCGCAGCUGCUUGGAGGGGUGUUUUGCCCGCUCACCGUCCCCAUGCGGGAUGUCCUUCAAUUCAGGAUAUGCUUCUGUUCGCUAAGCUAGAGGAGGACGGCUAUGAUGUAGAGGACUGUUUGCGACUCACAGUAAACACUAAGGCUAUGGAGGGAAGGUUGCAACCCGUAAUGGUUUACAUCCACGGCGACUUCUUCUAUGAUGGCGAUUCAAUGGAGGCGGCUCCUGGCUAUUUGCUGGAGGAGGAUGUGGUGCUUGUGUCCGUGCGCUACCGUCUGGGACCCUUCGGUUUCCUAUCUACUCUCUCAGAGGACAUGCCCGGCAACGCUGCGGUGACCGAUAUCAUUCUGGCACUUAAGUGGAUACAGAAGAACAUUGCCUCCUUUGGAGGAGAUCCAAACCGUGUGACGCUCUUCGGCCAGGUGGGCGGAGCUGCCCUGGUUAACGUCCUGACCCUGAGCCCGGCUGUGCCAUCUGGACUUUUCCACCGCGUGAUCUACCAGUCUGGUACAGCUUUGUCGCCCGCCUUCAUCACAGAUUCUCCUCUGGGUGCCACCAAGGCGAUUGGGCGCAUUGCCGGGUGCAAACAGCUCGCCAAGGUGGACCAGCUUAACAAGUGUCUGAGCCGCCUCAACGCUACUAUGCUACUGGCCGCCUUCAGUGUCCACGGCGAGGAUCAGCCCUCCUUGUCCGGCGGAGCGUAUGGUGGAGUGCAGUUGGUAAUCGGCGGACCCUCUGGUGUGUUGCCGGAGCAUCCGGGUCGUCUGUUGGCUGCCGAAAAGUUCCAUGCUUAUCCCGCAAUGGGAGGCAGUGUGAAGCACGGUGGUACUUUCAUGAUGAGGGACAUAUUUGCGGACAUAUUCAACGAAACGAUAAUGGACGAUCAGAUGACAGGACAGCAGUACAUUGAAGCUAUUAUUGAACAGGCCAACGGUGCGGAUCCCACGGGGUCCUGGAAAGAGUUUGCCGGAGAGGAGAUUUUUACGCAUGCCGAUACCAAGAAUGGCAGCUUUAAGCGCCUUACACCGGGACUUAUCGAUCUGUGCAGCACCAUUUCGCUAAAGAACCCAGUGUUGCUGGUUAUGCAGGCUAAUGCCAAGAAGCUACCCAACAGCACUUUCCUCUACAGCUUUGACUAUGAGGGCGAACAGAACCGGUACGCCACAAGUGAUAAUGAGGCUAGCUUUGUGCCCUUCGAUAUGGGCGUCUCUCUGACGGACGACAACCUAUACCUGUUCCCGUGGCCCAGGUUCCUCGCUCUGAACUCGCAUCGGGACAUUAAGGUGGCGCGGCGCAUGGUGGCUCUAUGGACCUCCUUUGCAGCCACGGGUGUUCCAAAAGCCCCAGGUGUACCCAGCUGGCCGUCAAUGAGCGACGAGACUGGCCCCUAUAUGCGCAUCGGCCGCACUGUCACCUUCGGCGACAACUAUCUGGAUGAGUACCGCAUCGCUGUCGAGGAAACGAAGCAUGGCUACAGCCUGGUCAACGAGGAAUACUAUGAACUGGAAGCCGCCCUUCUAGCGGCCAGCAAAGAAACUUCCUCGUCCUCUGAGAACCAGGAUGAGGAUACUGACGACGAUUUUGGGUCGGAAAACGGUGAAAGAGCGGCACACGAGGCCCGGGGCCAGAACCUUGUCUUUAUUGCCAGGAAGUCAACACGCACGCAGAAACAGUAA